AUGGAGCUUUUUCGAGAAAAGCCGAAUUUCCAGUUGACGUUCAAAAUGCAAAAAAAUAUAAGUUCAGGUCACUGGUCUGAUCGCAUAAAUAUUGUUCAAUGUCGUGGAAGCACUAUGACCGCUCCGUCACCAAAUUUAGCUAAACUUACAGCAGAAGUGUUGGAUCAAGGGACAGGUAGUCGAGUUAAAAGUAAUGUGGAAAUUGAUAAUAGCUUGGCAGGCUUUGAACUUAUUCCUCUGAGACCUGGAUAUUAUCGUGAUUCUUCAAAUAUAUCAAUAUUGAUAAAAUCAACGGAUGGACCUUCAAGGAGAAAGCAAGCGGUGGAAAUUAACGUUCGAUGCAUUUCCACAGAUAAAAAGCAAACUGUUAAUUUGAGAAGCUAUAAGGGGAGAAUUGGAUUUCUUUUAACAAUACCAUUUUCAUCCAGUUUAUAUGAACAUACCUGUCGAGUGAUAUUUAUACAGGCUCGCCGUGAAAUUGGUAAACAAUUUUCGCGCUCCGUCACUUUGGUGCUACCGUCGAUGGAUCAUUCAGAGUGGAUACAACAUGGUUGGAUCCAAUGGUCACUUCCCAAUAAUGCAACAUAUCGAGUUGGAGAGAAAUUUCGAGCUUCUGUGCCAUUACACUUGGCAUCAAAAUUGAAUUAUUUGGUUUGA